AUGAAGAGCUCUCUUCUUUUGGGUCAAGCCUUGCUGGCUUACAUGACCUCGGCACAACAAGUAUACAUACCAGCAGAAGGGCCAACACCACGACCCCAAUGCAAACACUCCAAGACAAAGGAGCCUCAUUAUUCUUAUAAGCCCUUCAGCUUUACUCUAACGGAAACUGUCCGCCAUGCCACCUCGGUGCCUGCUCCAACUGCCACCACAACAUAUGCUCCUCCGCCUGAGUCUGUAUCGACAUUAGUCCCAUCUCUAUCCUACACGACAUGGGGCAAAUGGGAUCGCAAUGCCACGAGCAAAGCAAACGACACAAAUGAUCCAUAUGGCCAGGCUGCUUGGACGGCCCUUUGGCAACAUGCCAAUCCACCCAACUUUACCGAAAAAGCUGUAUACAGUACCACUGUGUCUCCAACACCAGUUCCCACCAGUGACUUGGUGCUCCCUCCCAGAGACUACUUUGGGCCUACCGACUGUUACAAUUUCCCAGCCAACUUUUCCUUUGGCGUUGCCAGUUCGGCCUCUCAGAUUGAGGGAGCUACUGCUGAAGAAGGCAAAUCCCCUUCUCUCAUGGACAUUCUGGUUCAGGACUCUCGGCCAAAAUCCUACACCACAAAUGAGCACUACUACCUUUACAAGCAGGACAUUGAGCGUGUUGCAGCAAUGGGCGCCAAGUACUUUUCCUUCAGUCUCGCAUGGACUCGUAUCCUACCGUUCGCUCUGCCUGGAACCCCUGUGAACAAAGAGGGCAUUGAUCACUACAACGACGUCAUCAACUUCAUUCUGGAAAAGGGCAUGAUCCCCGUCGUCACUCUGCUACACUUUGAUACGCCGCUCCAAUUCUACGGUAGUAACCUUACCACGGCUGCGGACAAACCCGAGAUUGGAUAUGUCAACGGUGCUUAUCAAAACGAGACCUUCCCAGACGCCUUUGUUCACUACGCCAAGGUUGCCAUGACCCAUUACGCCGACAGGGUGCCCAUCUGGUUCACGUUCAACGAGCCCCUGCUCUACUCAUACAAUGCCAAGUCUAUCGACCACGUUAUCAAGUCCCACGCCCGCGUCUACCACUUCUACAAGGAGGAGCUGAAGGGCACAGGACGCAUCUCCCUUAAGUUCAACAACAACUUUGGCGUGCCGCGAGAUCCAAAGAGCAAGGCUGACGUAUCUGCCACUAACCACUUCAAUUCAAUCCAACUUGGCCCUUUCUGCGAUCCCAUCUACCUGGGCAAGGAUUACCCCGAAUCCUUCAAGAAGACCUUCCCCGACUACGUCAAGCUAAGCAAAAAAGAUCUGGAGUACAUUGGAGGCACUGCCGACUUCCUCGGCAUCGAUCCAUACACCGCAACCGUGGUGUCGCCCCCGGUGGCAAACGACGCCAACAGCGUGCUAGACUGUGCGACCAACUCGUCAUCCACCUUCAGGCCAUACUGCGUGAAUCAGACGUCCGUCAACGUCUACGGCUGGGACAUUGGCUAUCGCUCACAGUCAUACGUGUACAUUACCCCUACAUACCUGCGAAGCUACCUCAACUACCUAUACAAUACGUGGAAGACGCCCGUUGCCAUUACGGAAUUCGGAUUCCCCGUUUUUGCAGAGUCAGAGAAGGGCCUCUCUGAUCAGCUGUUUGACUCGCCUCGAAGUGUCUACUACUUGAGCUACAUGUCGGAGGUUCUCAAGGCCAUUUGGGAGGAUGGCGUUGAAGUGGUUGGUGCGUAUGCUUGGUCUUUUGCUGAUAAUUGGGAGUUUGGCGACUAUGAUGCCCAGUUUGGGUUACAGGUCGUGAAUCGUACGACGCAGACGAGGUAUUUUAAGAAGAGCUUUUUUUGA